AUGAGAGUAAACAUCGACUGCGCAGGUUGCGAAAUGAAAGUGAAAAAUGCCCUCCAAAAGCUGGAAGGCGUGGACGAGGUGGAGAUAGAUACGGUGAUGCAGAAGGUGACGGUGACGGGAUGGGCCGACCAGAAAAAGGUGCUGAAGAGGGUCCGGCGGACGGGAAGAAGGGCGGAGCUGUGGCAACUUCCUUACAACCAAGGCCGCUACAGUUCCACGUCCAGCCAUUACUACGACCAGCACCAGGUGAGUGGUCCGUUGACGUAUCACGCGCCGCCCCAGCCGUCAUCCUCUUACAACUACUACAAGCACGGUUCCGACGAUAACCACCACCACGGAUAUUACCGCCACCCGGCCAUCCAUUCAACCGUCGACUUUGAUGGCCGCCACUCCGCCGCCGGCACCUUCUUCAGCGACGAUAACCCUCAUGCAUGUUCCCUCAUGUGA